AUGGCUGACGAGAAGGAAUACAUCUCUUACAACAACGUUCAUCAAUUGGUGCAACAAUCUGCGGAAGGUAUAAAGCAUUUUAAACCAGAUAUCAUUAUUGCCAUCGGUGGUGGUGGUUUCAUUCCAGCAAGAAUCUUACGUACAUUUUUAAAACAACCAGGUGUACCAACGAUUAGAAUUUUUGCCAUCAUCUUAUCACUUUACGAGAAUGUUCAAAGUAGUGCAGGUGAUGCGGAACAAAUAGGUGUUGAAGUUCAAAGAACUCAAUGGAUUGAUUACGAACAAUGUAAGUUGGAUCUAGUUGGUAAGAACGUCUUGAUCGUUGACGAAGUUGAUGAUACAAGAACCACUCUUCACUAUGCUCUAAGUGAGUUGGAAAAAGAUGCAGCUGCACAAGCUAAGGCAAAGGGAAUAGAUUUGGAAAAGAGUCCUGAAUUCAAGACUACCUUCUCCAUCUUUGUUCUACAUGACAAAAUGAAGCCAAAGAAAGCUGAUUUGCCUGCAGAAAUUAUGAACGAUAAGCAUCGUUAUUUCGCAGCUAGAACCGUACCUGACAAGUGGUUUGCUUACCCAUGGGAAUCGGUUGAUAUCGUAACCCACACCAAGAGGGCCAUUGAACAGGGAAAUGAUGUUUUCUUGCCCUGA